CUCACUUUGUCUCGCUGAAGGAAAGGAGACACAGGCACAAAAUGGAAAGCGGGACGGAGAGCGCCAACAACGGGCAGGCGAAGCCUCAACAACAGCACCAGUUCGAGCAACAGCCCGUAGUGCAGCCCAUUCAAGUCAACGCGAAGAAAAAAAAUAAUCGGGCUCCAUCACCCGCCAGACCCAAGGAUGUGCCUGGAUGGUCCCUCACCAAGAUCCGUGGAGGAAUCGGUACACCAACACUGAGCGUUAAACCAGGAUCCAUACAUUUAGGCAGCCGGGUGUCCAGGCGUAGUCCGGUUAGCGGGAAAGAGACGAAAUCUGAGAAAGGAAAACUGACGGGAAAAUCCACGUUAUCGGUAGGCAGUGCCCAGAAGAGCAGCAGUAAAUCGAUGAAAGGUGGUCGGAGGAAGGUGUCCGAUGCGAGCAACGCCUCGGACGACCAGAGCAAAGACUCCGGUUGCGCUGCGGGCAAACGGUCGUCAACGGAUAGCAGUUCCGAGCUCUCCGAUUGUGCAUCGGAGGAGAAUAAACUAUCCACCGACGCUCUGAGUAGUGACACCGAAUCCAACAGCCGAGGCGGGGGUCUUGAUGGCGAUCAACCAAGCAGUGACUGCGGACAUGGACCACCGGAUAGGGGUAGUCGUGGUGACCAUCACGCCAAGACCCCAGUUGAUAAGAACCGAAUCUCCCUGGGAGUGGAGACCGUAGGGGGGAGCAUUUCUCCCGGGGAUGAACGGUCUCUUACCUCGUUCGACAGCCGGGUGCCUGCCAGCACAUCCCUAGCUUUCUCCGACCUGACGGAAGAGUUCAUGGAUGGCAUGCAUGAAGAAUUUGUCAGAGAAAUCGAGGAACUGAGAUCAGAAAACGAUUACCUAAAAGAUGAGAUGGAGGAGCUGCGCUCUGAGAUGUUGGAGAUGAGGGACAUGUACAUGGAGGAGGAUGUGUACCAGCUGCAGGAGCUGAGGCAACAGUUUGAGCAGGCCAACAAGACCUGCCGCAUCCUGCAGUACCGCCUCCGCAAGGCUGAGAGACGCAGCCUCCGCGUGGCCCAGACGGGACAGGUAGACGGGGAGCUCAUCCGAACUCUGGAGCAGGACGUCAAGGUGGCUAAAGACGUGUCCAUCCGGCUGCACAACGAGUUGGACUCUGUGGAGAAGAAGAGGGGUCGUCUGGAGCAGGAGAACGAGGAGCUGAGGGUCAGGCUCCAGGACCUAGAGGUGGCCAAGCAGGUCCUGCAGGCUGAGAUGGAGAAGCAACGAGAGAACUCUCUGAAGAAGAGAGGCGCUCGGCCAAACAACAAGCCAGAGAAGAAGCCAUCUGUCCAGGAGGACAACUCUGACCUCAAGUGCCAGCUCCAUUUUGCCAAGGAGGAGUCCGUGCUCAUGUGCAAGAAGCUGACCAAGAUGGCCAAGGACAGCGAGGCCAUGCGGGAGGAGCUGGCCAAGUACCGCUCGGUCUACGGCGAUGUGGACGCCUCACUCACCGUGGACGAGGUCAACGACUCACCCCACACCCGCGAGGCCGAGGUUAGAGUUCACCUGAAGCUGGUGGAGGAGGAAGCCAACCUGCUGAGCCGGCGCAUUGUGGAACUGGAGGUGGAGAACCGUGGCCUACGGGCCGAGAUGGACGACAUGAAGGGCCAGGAGCUGCCUCCAGGGCUGGGGGUGGGAGGCAUGGGAGGCCCUGGAGGAGGAAGUCUGGAUAACGUGAUGGAGCUCCAGAGGCACCUGCAGUUUGUGGAGGAGGAAGCGGAGCUGCUACGGCGCUCGCUGCUGGAGAUGGAGGAGCAGAACAAGCUGCUGAUGAAUGAGAUCAAUCGCUACAAGUCGGAGCUGCCGCUGACGUUGGACCCAAACCAGGAUGACUCCUCGUCCAUCUCUCUCCUGGAGGACGGUCAUGGUGGGGGAGCUCUCAUCAGCACCGAGGCCCCCCAUGAGGAGCUGCUGCAGGCCGCCAGGCUCCAGAUCGGGGAGCUGAGUGGUAAAGUGAAGAAGCUCCAGUACGAGAACCGUGUGUUGCUGUCCAACCUGCAGCGCUGCGACCUGGCCUCCUACCACAGCUCUUCUAGGCCCGCCCUAGAGACCGACGCUGAGGCAGGGGACUCGGCCGAGUGCCUCCCCAGCCAAGCGUGCCGGGAAGGCCCCAUUGGAGGGGAGAACAAGCCCCUGGAGGAGAAGGAGAAGAAGACGUCCACGGGGGUUCCCAUUCACCUGCACGGUAACGUUCCCCUGGGGCUGAAGGACCAUGAGGCCCUGCUGGCCAUGAGGGACCAGGCCCGCCUCAUCUCUACAGCCAUCCAGCUGCUGACCGCUUCCGAUUCCAACUGCCCCUCCCUCUCCCUCUACCGCAAGAUCUCCUCCAACUCCUCCGGGGAGACUGCAGAGCCCUGUGUCCCAGAGAAGAGCCAGCAGUCCCAACCCUCGGAGCUCCAGGACCUGCCCCUGGUGGAGGCUCUGACGGGCAGGCUGCGAGCGCUGCACACCCAGCUCCAGGCCUUCGUGAAGCGAGUGGAGAGCCUUGGCAGCGCCCCUCCUGGGAAGGAGCAGGUGGAGGGGGCAUCCCCCCUGCCUCUACUGUCCGAAGCUGGAGACUCCGUGGUGGAUGCGCCCUCUGCAUCACACCCCUGCCCUCCAGACGACCAGGCGGGUGAGAUCACUGCAGGGCAGAAGCAGCCCAACUUUAGGGACCAAUCAGAGCGCGAAGUGAAAGGUCAGGAGGAGGAGGAGGGUGACAGCCACAUUGACAGCAACAAGAACCAGGUUAAACAGGAGACGGACACAGCCCUGCAGAUCAGUGAGCUGCAGGCCCUUCUGUUGGAGGCGAGGGAGAAUGCUUGCAGGACGCAGGAGGAACUGACUGUGGAGAGACAGGAUCACAGAGACCCCACCCACAGCAGCUCACAGACAUUCACACAGCUGCAGGAGGAGCACCAGAAGGCCCUGACGAGAAGGGACUUCCAGCUACAGAGUCUGAGUCUGCAGACGCGGCUGCAGCAGAAGUUCUGGAGCCAAGAGAGGAACCUGAUGUUGCAGGAGUCCCAGCAGCUCAAGCAGACCCUGCUGCUGCUCAGCCUCAAGCUGCGCUGCUUCCUCAAACAGUGGCGGCUGGGACGCAAGCUGGACACGGAGGCCAAGGAUGUCUUGGAGGUGAACAGCCUGAAGGACCUGUACCUGCUGCUGGAGGAGGAGAGUCUGGCCGCCCACCCCCAACAGGGAGACAACAAGAUGACCUCCGCAGAGGAGCAGCACCUCUGCCCCACCAUCUCCAAAGAGCUCUGUGUGCUGGAGAAGAGCUACACACAGGUGCAGGAACAGACGAGUGGCGUGAGCAGCACACUGGCAGACCUGAAGGGAGUGCUCCAGGAUCUGAGCGGGGAGCUGCGAGAGGAGCGCCAGGGCUCUCAGGAACUGACCCAGCAGUUUGCCCGCGCUAAGGCCUCCUGGGAGGUGGAGAGGACCGAGCUCAAGAGCCUCAUUACCCAGCUGGAGAGCAAGGUGGGCAUGGCUGCCCUGUCCGGGGGGGAGAAGGACCUCCAAGGACCUCCCGACCUGAAGGUGGCACUGAAGAGGGAGCGUGAGGAGCACCAGCACCUCCUGGCCGACUCAUAUGCAGCCGUCAUGGACCUGACCAAGCAGCUGCAGAUGGGCGAGAGGAACUGGAACCGCGAGAAGCUGGAGCUCCUAGAGCAUUUCAGUCAGGAGAGGGGCCAGUGGGAGCAGAGGCUACAGUGCAAGAUGUCUCUGCACUACAAAACCACCCCUGAAACAAAAACUGCACUGGACGUUGUUACAAAUGGAACCAAUUUAUCAAGUACCAAGUCCAUCCCGUCCAUGUUGGAGGGUCUGCUGGAGGCCUGUCCUUUCCUUCCGGGUCAGGAGGUCAACGGUACAGCCAAUGAGGAGGGAGAGAAGGACCAGCCGAGCACCCAGGCCCCUUCCCUUCUAACCCACACAGACCCGGGUGACCUCACCAGGAAGAACUGGAAGUACCUGACCAAUGAGAUGGCUCUGAUGGAGCAGGGUGAUGCCCCCUUCAAGACGUGGGACUGCCCCAGCUCCCCCAGCAGUUUCCUGGACCUGGAGAGCAUCCAGAGGAGCUACACGGCCCCCGACAAGACCGGCAUCCGCAUCUACUACAGCCCCCCUACCAUGCGACGUAUGGAGAGCCGGCUGGCCAAGGAGAAGCAGGACAAACCUCAAGCCCAGCAAGGCCACCUGUCUCGGGCUUCAACUCCCUCAGAUGCUGUGGCCCUGGGGGGCCAACCUCCCUCCUCCUCCUCUGCCUCCUCCUCUUCGUCCUACGACCAGUGGCUGAGCUCUCUGUCCAAGCAGCACAGGGACCUUCUGGAGAACAGCAGCGGUGGCGCGGGGGUGGCGCCCUUCCAGGGCCUGGAGAUCUCUGCCAACCUCUCAGAUGACAUGAAGGAGAUGACCAACUGCGUGCGCCAGGCCAUCCGCUCCAGCUCUCUGGAGAGGAAGUGCAGCAAGGAUGUGAGCAGCCAGACGGUGGGGGUGUCUAGCCGCUCCACCCAGACGGUCCAGUUUGUGAGCGUGGGGCUGCAGACGGAUGGGCUCGGGUCUCGGGGGGUGGGAGGCUUCCACACCAAAUCCUCCUGGUCCCUCCGGCCCUCGUCGUCGCUGGCCUCGGCCCGCUCGCGCCACAUCUCCUCAUCACUGGAUAAGGUGCACAGCCGCAUCGACAGGCCUUGCUGCUCACCCAAGUUCGGCUCCCCCAAGCUACAGCGACGCAUUUCCGCCUCCUCCUCCAAGCUGGACGGAGGAGGAUUGUCCUCGGCUUCUUCCAGAGACCGCAGCCUGUGGAACCUCCACCAGCGGUCCUCGACCUCCAGCGGCUCGGCCUGGGCCCGUUCCACCACCACCAGGGACAGCCCCGUGCUCAGCGGCCUCAACGAUGGCCUGUCCAGCCUGUUCAGCGUGGUGGAACACUCCGGCAGCGUAGAGUCCCUGUGGAAGAGUGAGCCAGGGGCCAGCCCAGCCCCCCAGAAAUACGGCCCCUUCCAGGAGUUUUUCAGGAACGUGUGCGGCCGGACCGGAACGACCAUGCCCGGGGGAGGGGAGAGGGGGCAGAGGGAGGUGGGGGCCAUGGAUGAGCCCAAGCCUGAGUGCCUUUCCGGGGUUUCGCUAGUGGGGAACGACAGCGUCACCAAGAUCGUCAACAAGAGGUUCAUGAGACAGAUGCCCAGGGAGGAGUUGGGGGCCACUGCUAACGAUCUCACUGCCAGGGACCUGACCUUGAGCUCCAGCGUGGAGGAUGCAGCGUGUGAUUGCAACUCCCAGUCUCUUACAUCCUGCUUCGCCCGGCCCUCCCGCUCGGCCACACGCCAUUCACUGGGCCACUGCAUGCACCGCUCUCAGGAGCCUCCCACGGCAACGGAGGAGAGAGUGGAUGCAGGCAAUGAGUGAUGGAUCAGAGAGAGCACAGACGUUCACACACACACACACACACACACAUACUGCCUCACCAACACACUGCCACAUAAGCUACAGUACUGUCACAAAACGUAGACACAAACAUCUUGGCUACACCAACACACUGCUACAUACAUACUGUACAUACACACAAUCCCUCACAAACUGCCACACAGAACCACUGUCACAUGCACACACACACACACGUCUGGAAUUGGAAAUCAACCCAAGCAGCACAUUCUAAUGCCAAGGAUAUAGGAAGACCAGAAUCUCCUAGGAUUCCUCUUUGAGCACCAGAACCACUACCAACUACCAGCAGGACAACAACCUCACACACAACACACAAACUGGAACAGUAAUGACACACUACUCCCUAUAUACUGCAGUAUUUAGGGAAUAGGGUGCUAUUUUGCACGCAAACAGUUUGUGGAAACGACCACCUAGGAAUUCAGACAGUCUUAUAUGAUGUCAGAACCACAACACUCUACUUUACCCGGGAAUUUUUGGAAUUGCAUAGGGAAAACACAUACUGGGCUACUAGAUUUCUACAAAGUGGAUCUUCCCAACUGACAGGGAUAUGAGGUGGUUUGUUAGCUGCUCCCAUUCCAAGUACCAAUCCUAUUCCCAGUCCAAUUCCCAAGCCAGCACCAGUCCCUUCCCAAGCCAGCAUUUGGAGAGCUGCUCCUCCCUAACACCAAGCAGAGGAUUCUACUGGUGUGGACCACCUCUUGCCAUUAUCAACCAACAACCAUAAAAAAACAUCUCAUCAACGUAUGUUCAUUUUUUAUGUCAACUGCCUCCCUGUUGUUUUUCUGAAAGACUUUCAUCCAAUGAAGGGGUAGGACAAUUACGUCCUUAUGUUACGUAUGAUAUGAUGAUCCUAUGUUUUCUAAAGGUUGUUUGAAUGUUUGUAAUCUGCCUGUUGUUGGCACACAUUGAUAGGAUGGUGGUUAAGACUCUGAGACCCUAUGAGUUUUGUCUCUUGUGUGUACUAUACUGUAGGAUGUAGAUGUAUAAGAGGAUCGAAACCCAGCUGUAAAGAUUACUCCCUGCCAGGAAAAAACACAAACUUGUCCCAUUUUGAGAGACAAUGCAUUCCUUUGUUACGUUACAAUUCCAAUUACACUCUGGCUAAUCUGUUAACGUGUGAGUGUGUGUGCGUGCACUGUGUGUUUGUGAGUGUGAGAGACAGAAUGCUCAUUUUCAGCAUUCUAGAAUGCCUUUGCCACAUUCCCAUAUAGUGAAGGCAGUUGUUGUUGCACAGUGUUUCUGCUUCAUCCUCAGCCAUCGACUGUCUGUGUUCCUGACCUCUUUUCUCCUGCUUUAAAUGUAACAGGACACAAUGUCCUCUACAGAAGGUUAGCUCCUUCCUUUUCUCAUGUCACCACUGAAGUCUUGAGAUAUU